ACAAAGUGAUUAAGCAAUCAGUCGCGCGCGUUAUCAAAGCCUUGCUCGCUCCUCUCGGCUGCUUUGAUUCAUGAGGAAUAAACAAUCGGCGUCGUCGUCUGUCUCUCCCGGCUUUAAUGAAUAAUGACCCGGCGCGCCUUGAACUUUUCGAAUUUGCAGCGUAACGUUUGACGCGCGCAUAAAGGGCUUUUGUGUGAUGCAAUUUACGAUCAUGAAAUAUGCGCCGCGUCGGGAGUAAUUAUCGUGUCUGCUUAGCCCAAGAGCAAACCUUCAAUUAAAAUAAUUUUGGCAACGCAUGUGUGCGACGGAUGAAAAAAAAACAUUGGCAUGCGAGAGCUAGCGAGCGAGCGCGAGCAAGCGGGGAAACCAUUUUUAUAUCCACAACGGCCUCGAAACCUGUUCUGCAUUGGCAAAAAAUAAAUGCGAGCGCAAGAGGAAUAUCGCCAGGCAGCUAGCCGAGAUCAAAGGUCGCAGAAACUAGUUUUCGCCAUCUAGCCGCCGUCUAUACACGGACGAGCAAGGGCAAUAAAAAUAUCUACUCGAAUUUGCAUGCGAAAAAGGCUGGUGCUAAGUGGAAAAGUGGCAUGGCACCACUUCAAUGAAGGGCAAAAGGAGCAAAGUCGCCGCUUUACGCAACCGACCGCCUCCGAUAGGCAGACAGGGGUCACGUGGCCCGGGGGGCGUGCUCCUCUCUCUCUCUCAGCUGCUGCGAUCCGCAGGGACACAGACGGACGGACACGCAGCAACAACCAUGGCAGCAGCGUUCGCGGGCAAGGUGGUGCUCAUCACCGGGGCCAGCUCGGGCAUCGGCGCCGCCACGGCCGUGCACCUGGCGAAGCUGGGGGCGUCGCUCUCGCUCACGGGGCGCAACCUCGAUAACCUCAACAGGGUGGGCCAGCAGUGCGAGCAGACCGGCAGCCUGAAGCCGCUCCUCCUCAAAGGUGACAUGACAAAUGAAUCAGACACAAAACAGAUCGUGGAAAGCACGGUGGCGCAUUUUGGCCGGCUGGACGUACUGGUGAACAACGCUGGCAUUCUUGAGAUGGGCACCAUUGAGACGACCAAUCUGGAGCAGUACGACCGCGUCUUCAACACCAACGUGCGUUCCAUCUACCAGUUGACACAGUUGGCAGUGCCGCACCUCGUUAAGACCCAGGGCAACAUCGUCAAUAUCUCCAGCGUCAAUGGCAUCAGAUCGUUCCCGGGAGUGCUGGCGUACAACAUGUCAAAGUCGGCGGUGGACCAGUUCACCCGGUGCGUGGCGCUCGAACUGGCGCCCAAGAAGGUCCGCGUCAACAGUGUCAACCCCGGGGUCACCCUGACUGAGCUGCAGAAGCGUGGCGGACUCGACGAGGAAAGUUACAAAAAGUUCCUGGAGCGGGCAAAGGAGACACAUGCCCUUGGACGCCCCGGUGACCCAAACGAGGUGGCCAGCGCCAUUGCCUUCCUUGCCUCCGACGCCGCGAGCUACAUCACAGGCGCCAACCUGCCCGUGGACGGCGGCAGACACGCAAUGUGCCCCCGUUGAUCCGCUGAGAGCCUCCUCCCAAGUUUUUGAUGUGUACAAUGGCAUGGCCAACUCAAAACCAUCACUGUAGCAGUGUGACUGACAGAAUUAAAAAUAUAUUUACUCUA